AUGACGCCCGCCUGCGCCGCCGCGCUGCCGCGCAGCAUCGCCCUGCGCUCGGCGCAGCGAAGUCUGCGGGCCUCUUUCGCCGCCGCCUCUCUCGCCUCUGCAUCCCCCGCUCCCGCGUCCCGACCGCCCCGUCGUCCCCUCAGCACCGCGCCCGCGCUGCGCGCCAGCGUCGGCAGCGGCAACUCGCCGCCGCCCGCCAAGCCGCGCACGUCCCACGACCAGGGCCCGGCGCCGGGCGCCGCCGAGAUGGGCGUCGGCGAGCUCGAGGGCACCGACUUCCGCAUCGAGCCGAUGCGGCGGACGGGCGAGGACGACGCGACGAUGCGCGCGCGACUCGUCUACCAGAGCCGGAAGCGCGGCACGCUCGAGGCGGACCUGCUGCUGUCGACGUUCGCGGCCGCGCACCUGCCGCGCAUGAGCCGCGAGCAGAUGGCCCAGUACGACCGCUUCCUCGACGAGAACGACUGGGACAUAUACUACUGGGCGACGCAGGACGCGCCGGCCCCCGCGGCGGCGGCGGCGGCGGCGUCGUCGUCAGCUGAGGCCGAGGUCGCCGCCGAGGCCUCGCGCAGCACGCGCGACUCCAGCGCGGCCGACUACGCGGGCGGCGCCGAGGCCGCCGCCGCCGAGAGCAGCGCCCCGCCCAGCGACGCGGCGCCCGUGGCGACGGGCGGCACCCCGCGCACCGGCGACGCCGGCGAGGGCAAGGAGGGGGCGCCCGGCGGCGCCGCGACGACGUCGUUCGCCACCGGCGAGUGGGCCCAGACCGUCGGCACCUUCAAGCCGGCGUACCGGCCGGUGCCCCGGCGCUGGCGCGACAGCGAGGUGCUGCUGCUGCUGCGGGCGCACGUGCGCGAGCGCGCGAAGGCGCGCGGCGGCAUGGCGUUUAUGCCGCCGCUGAGGGGCGAGUGAUGGUUUUUGGGAGCAGAGGAGAGAAGUAGGGGGGAGAGCAUUUUGCGGGUGUAAAUAGUAAAAAAGGGGGGAAAGGAAAGGGAAAAGGGAAA